GCUGGGCAUGCAUUUUGCUGAGUCAAGAAGAAUGUAAGUGACUCACUGGGCUGUGUGGGAACCAGGACCAAAAUCCGAUUGGUGCACUAACCAGACAACCACAUCAGCCCAGAGAAAAGCCUCAGUUCCAAAUGAGCCACCAGGAGCAGCUGCUGCCUAAUGGCACUUCAGAUUGUGACCUAUGGAGAAGAAUACAUAAGGGAAUAAAUAUGGCUUUUAAGGGUGAGGACCACCUAGAUUCCCUUCCUUUACCUGUUCAGCGCAUGCAUUUAAUUCAGGUGGACUCUGUUCAGCGGUGGAUGGAAGACUUGAAGUUGAUGACAGACUGUGAAUGCAUGUGUAUUCUCCAGUCCAAACCAAUCAGCGCUGAGAAGGAUGAACAAAAUGAACUCAUCCUUUCCUCACAGUAUAGCACAAGUGAUAACUUACAGCUGUUAUUAAAAAGAGCAUGGAUAAUAAGUACAGAGUUGACCAAGAUUGCUCAAAAGUUGGAGAAGAAUAGAUGGCAAAGAGUCCACAGCAUGACAGUAAGAGUCAAUUGCCAUGUACGUUCCAUGAUAAAUGAAUAUAAUGCAUUUACCAGGAGUUCGUCAGAAGAAAUGAAUCAGCUGGAAAAACUUCUAAUAGACAAGUGUUCAGAAUUUACAGCAUUUACAGAAAGGUGCAUACAAAUAGAGGAUGAACAGAUGCUGAGGUCUAUGAAAUCUUGUAUUAAUGAAACACUCACUACUGUUGCUCAGUAUUUUGGCCAGUUGAUAGAGCUGGUUUUAACACAUGAAGCUCAGAACCUGCUGAGACAAAUAGAAUCGUCGGAUAGUGUGUACAUCACUGAGUCAGCAAUUAAUAGCUUAUUCAGCCUCACCCAGGAAGGUACUCAUCUGUGCCGUAUCAUUGCUAAGGAAGGAGGUGUCGUUGCUCUCUUUAAGAUCUGUCGCCAGGACUACUUCAGAUGCCUUUAUCCCCAGACACUGAGAACAUUGGCAUCCAUUUGUUGUGUAGAGGAAGGGAUGCACCAGCUGGAAAAGGUCGAUGGAAUACUGUGCCUGGCUGACAUUCUUACUGAUAACACCCAUUCAGAAGCCACUCAUGCAGAGGCAGCAGCAGUAAUUGCACAGAUCACAUCUCCACAUCUCACAUUCACUCAACAUCUCAGCAGCUUUCUGGAAAAUAUGGAAGAAAUUGUAACAGCACUUGUUAAACUGUGCCAAGAAGCCUCAUCUGGUGAAGUUUUCCUGCUGGCUUCAGCAGCUCUUGCCAAUAUUACUUUCUUUGAUACCAUGGCUUGUGAAAUGUUGCUUCAGCUAAAUGCUAUGAAGAUUCUUCUAGCAGCGUGUUCAGACAAACACAUAGUGGAUACUCCAUAUUCCCGAGAUCAGGUGGUAACAAUACUGGCAAACAUGUCUGUCUUGGACCAAUGUGCUUCAGAAAUCAUUCAAGGAAAUGGUGUUCAACUUCUAAUGGAAAUGCUCUUUGAAAGGUCAUCUUCAGGAAAUUCAGCCGAAGUUGCUGCUUGUGAGCGAGUUCAACAGAAAUCUGCAGUUACACUGGCACGACUCAGCCGGGAUCCUGAAGUGGCAGAUGCAGCUGUAAAACUCAGCUGUAUUCCUCGCCUAAUUAAACUUUGCAGAUCACCAACUGAAAGAAAUAACAGUGAUUCUGUUUUAGUAGCAUGCCUGGCAGCCUUACGAAGACUAGCAGUUAUGAGUCCUGAAGGACUUGAAGAUUCAGAUUUUCAGCAGUUAGUAAAGCCCAGACUUGUGGAUUCCUUCCUACUAUGCACAAAUAUGGAAGAGAGCUUUGUAUAAAUGUGAGCCAAAAGCAAGCUAUCCUUUGAAAAACAGUCAAGAUAAUACUCACAUGAUGAUAUAGUACAUACUCAGUUUUACUUAGAUUUAGUCCUAUUGUUAUUUAUGACUUAUUUAUUUUAAAACCAUGAUCAUGUGGUUUGUGGACAAAAGAAAUAGAAUAAGCAAACUUAUCUCUGUGGUUUGUAAAGGUAAAUUAAAAAAACAAACAAACACAAAACAAUAAUAGAAAAACUUCCUAUACUAAGGCAUAUUAGGAGAUUUUACCAUUGCAGCCUGACAAUUAUGUUUAGUAGAACUGAGAGAAGGUAAAGAAGCCAAGAAUUUGGUGCUCUUAUUUUAAAUGCUUUUAAUGAUGUCUUAUUGCUGAUAUUUUUCUAUAGUUAGAACAUUUUUCAGUUUUUUUCAGCAAAUGCAUUAGUCUGUUGCAUUUGUUGCCUCAAAAGAGAAAUGAUCCUUACGGCUGUAAGUAUAUACUUUAAAAUGAAUGGGAUGUUACUGUCUAAGCCCAAUUCCUCAUCAUCCUGUCUUUUAAUGGAGCUCUAAAGAUAUGCAAAUGAUUUUUUUUUAGAAAUUUUUUCAAAUAUUGGCUUGCUGUUAUGUUAGAGGGCAUUUCUAAGCUGUAUGAAGAUGUGCUUCAUUAGAAGAUAUGUAACUACAGACAACUUUUAUUUGCAUGUACUGAUAUUUUGUAAAGAAAUUAAAAGACUUAUAGAAAAGUCAUCAUGAAAUCAAACCUAUCAUCAAUGUGAGAUUUAGGAUCAUUACACAUUAAUAAUCUUCCCUCAUUUCCAAGCCUUCCAAGAAGUGGAAGUGAGUAUAUACAGACAUGUUUUUAAUACUCAAUUUACCACUUUUACGGAAAAUUUUGCUUGCAUACAUUAAAUAAUUAGAACAGGUAAUUGCAACUUGAAUUUGCAUUUCUUUCUUUCUCUCUUUCUCUCUUUCUUUCUUUCUUUCUUUCUUUCUCUCUUUCUUUUUUUCUUUCUCUCUUUCUUUCUUUGUCUUUCUUUCUCUUUCUCUCUUUCUCUCUUUCUCUCUUUCUUUCUCUCUCUUUUUUUUUUUUUUUAAGCUAGUCUUGUAUUUCUAAAGCUGUGAACAAGGACUUCCAAGAUCUCUUGGAGUUGAUACAAGGUGAUUUUACCAGUAGAUUACAAGAAAAAUAAUAGAGUUGAUUUUAAAAAUAGAUUUAUCUUUUUCCUUUCAUCAGGAAGCUUUAUGCAUUUACAAUUAGUCCGUCAGCAACAUCCUGAGUGUUUUUCACCCCAGCUUCACACAAAACAUUCUGUAACUUAUGAAAGUAUAUAUAAUUUUUUCUUGAUGGCUUGCAUCCAUUGCGCUGGAUCAUUUUGUGAUUGGAAACUUUAGGGUACUAGGACAUAUGCCAAAUAAAUAAGUACACUUCUUUACUGUAUUUAUUUCAUAGAUAUCCUAAGCAACUUAAUUCAUUAAUGUUUAUUUAGUAUUAUGUGGUUUUUAGAUGACAGGCACCAGGAAAUUGCCAAGCUGUGUUAGCCUUCCUCGUUUUCUUUGAGGAAUCGACCUUGCUUCGAGCAGUGAUAAAUGGUGACCACCUUUUGUUUUAUUCCAGAAUACAUGGUUUAAGAAGUGUCUGCCUUAAUACUUCUUCUUAGAGAUCUCUUCAUUUAACUAUGAACUCGAUCUUAAUGGAACUUUUAAAAA